AUGGCAUCGCCUCGUGCAUGUCGCUCGCUGGCCAUGGUGCUCGGCAUGCUCAUUGCAUGCGUCCACGCGCAGGGACCGUCCUCUUACAAUUGCCGCAUGGCGGGCGAGGCAGCAAAUUCGGCGUGUGGCCUGCCGUAUGCUCUGAGCAACUUUCAAGGCAAUUUCGCAUGCGACAGCGAAGUUCUCGUUGGGAGACCCAAAGACAUCGGGGAGCUACAGACACUCGUGGAGUCCUUUCCAAAAGUGAAGGCCAAUGGAGUGGGGGGGUCCUGGUGGAAGCAGAACUUCUGCGCCGGAAAUGACUCCCAGAGCAUCAACAUUGUGAUGACCGAGCUGCAAACCACCCUAGAUAGCAUCCUGUCGCCGCCCAACCCAGAGCAGUGGAGGGGCGCCAAACCCCCCUCGACCUUUCCCAUCCAGGUGGAUGAGCAGUCGCGCACUGUCACAGUGGCUGCCGGCGUGCCUCAGCGAGUGCUGCUGGACUACCUCUCCGAGUACCGGCAUGGCACCCAGCCCGCGGGCUGGACGCUCCCCGCCUUCUCCUGGUUUAUCGACCAGACCAUUGGCGGCGCGGUCGUGGAGAUCGCCGCUGUGCUGGCCAACGGCACCCUGGCCACUUUCAGCGCAGCUUCCGACCCCCACCUGUUCAAGGCGUUUGGCGUGAGUGCGGGGCGCCUGGGCAUCAUCGUCAAGCUCAAGAUGACCAUCAUCCCCCAGCAGGCCAUCUCACGCUCCAAGCAGGACCUGACGCUGGCCCGCUUUGCGGACCAGGUCACCGCCACGCAGGAGGCCUACAAGGCGGCCAAGGCCGCAAAGGAUAACCUGGCUGUCCAGAAGGCCCUCUUCUCGGUACACGAGACCCAGGCGCUGUGGCUGGUGGAGCGCGACACGCUCUGGCGCGUCGACUACCAGCACCUGUUCAAGGAGCCGGAAGAAGUGCUGGAGAAUCUCAACUUCUCCAUGGACCCCACCAUGCACUCCUUCUCCGGGCCCAACGACCAGACCGUGUUUGCCCAGGCCACCAAGGCGCCGCUGCGGGCCAACGCGGCCAUGACCACCAACCCCGCCUACUGGGGGGUGGUGUACAGCGCGGGCGCGCAGACCUACGUCCGCCCGGGCACGUUCGAGACGCGCAAGGCAUACAUGUCGGUGACGGAGGCAACCACGCGCAUCAGCACCACCCUGGCCCCCUAUAUCCAGAUGGAAGUGGCCAUCCCCCUGGAGAUCGCGGGCACCUGCCUCAAGGAGGUCAACAAGGUCGUGUAUGGGCGGGGCAGCCAGGUGAGCCGGGACUUCAGGAACCCGGCACUGAUCCGGUUCGUGUCGGGGGAGCCCUUCUACCUCUCGCCCACGCACGGCGGGCCACGGAUGUAUGUCAACAUCGAGGACUGGCUCACACUGUCUGGCACGCCAAACAAGGGCUACGACCAGGUCCUGAAGACCUUCAGGGGACCCAAGUGCCAAGGGCGCCUGCACUGGGGCAAGGGCGGCUGGCCCGAGUACGCCUCCUGCUUCGACGGCGCGACAGAGUACCCCGACUCCUGGUGCCACUUUGGCUGCGCCGUGCAGACCCUGGACCCCUACGCCAAGUUUGAGGGUGUCGGCGCGGACCGGACGGCAGUGUGGACGUGGAACGCGACCCGCAACGGCACCGUCGUGCCCUUUGACACAUGCUGCACCGACACCGGCUUCUCCCCGGAGUGCACCUGUGCCUCCCGCACCGACUGCCACGCAUGA